AUGCAAUCGAAAAGGAAGGAAAUGAAGAUGGAGUUAGUGUCAUGUGAGACACGAUUACAAAAACUUAUUAAUAAAACGACAUUUAAGCAUGUGACUAGCUAUAGUGAAAACCUGAACGCGGUCGCACUGGAAAACAAGAUCAUUACUUUUGACAAACCUAUAUAUAUUGGAUUUGCUGUACUUGAUAUUUCCAAGACGAUGAUGUACGAUUAUCAUUAUAAUGUUAUGAAGAAACAUUAUAAUGAUAAUAUCGAGCUUAUGUAUACUGAUACUGAUUCAUUGAUAUACCUUAUUAAAACCGACGACUUCUAUAAAGACUUACUUGACAACUCUAACUUGUUGAAUAGAGUAGACACAUCUGACUUGUCUCCUAGUCAUCCGUGCUACACCACAGUGAGGAGGAAGGUCCCUGGGUUCUUCUCCGACGAAGUUAACGGGCAUAUAAUUACAGAGUUCUGCGGGUUAAGGGCUAAAUCAUAUGCGUAUAACAUAUAUGCAGGAGAAGAGGAUGCGGUGAGAGAUAAGGAUAAAGUUGGUGGUGAAAAGAUCAAGGCUAAGGGGAUAAGGCAACAUGUGGUUAAAAACCAUAUGACGUUGGAGGAACAUAAAAGGUGUUUGUUUGGAGAAGCUGGAGUGGAGGCAUAUCAAGAAAAUGUAUCAAUCAGAUCGUUCAAACACCAAAUUAUGACUAUAAAAACGAAAAAGUUGACAUACAACAAUUACGAUGAUAAGCGAGUGGUAUUGGUCGAUAAAAUCCAUACCUUAGCUCAUGGACAUUACAGUAUAGAGGAAUAUGAACCUGGAGAAACUAUGGAGUGGUCAGAACUUGAUUUUGAGGUUGAUGGCGAAGGACGUAAAUGGUCAGAUUUUGAUAAAAGUUUUAUGACAGAGUUUCUUAAGUACAAUACUAAAUAA